AUGGAAAAUUCAGAAACAGGUGUGGUGGUGUUCUUCGCACUGAUCGGACUUUGCGGGCUGCUGCUCCACUGCUUCUCCUCCGACAACACCGACCCAACAUGCCUGGGCGGGUGCUCCUACGAAUGCGUGGAAUGCUUCGCGGCCUCCGGGGAAGCCUCCUGCCUCGUCCUUGCCGUCGUCGUCGUCGUCGUCUUCGCCAUCCCCGGGGUCAUCUACGGUUGCAUCGCGGCGACUCUGGCCUUCCAGAACAUCAUGCAACGCCACUACCACAUCCUCCACAAGAUGGAGCUGACAAAGGCACGAGUAGUCUCUACUGAUCGAUCCGCUGAGUGUACCGUGUACGUCGUGGAGGACCUGCAAGGGGAUUACGCGCCGCCACCCAAGAUGGACCCGAAGCACGAGCAGCGCCUCAAGAUGUUGCAGCUCGUGUAG